GAGUGAGACAGAGAGAGUGACUCUUACACUGACACAGACAAACAGAAUGAGGAGCUAAAAACGAAGUCUAUCGUGUCAGAGGACUACUGUGUGCUAUGGGAGUCACCUCUUAAAUUUGGCAAGGGGGUUAGAAUUCAAGAAAUCAGAGAUCCUGAGCAUUAUUUUUAGCUAAAUUAAAACCCUAUACUACCAAAGCACAGGAGAGAAGAAGAAGAAAAGAUGAAAGACUUGGUGCAGUCAAUAGAUCUAGGGGCUUCUCAGCGGAAAGCAGUUACCGUAACUCGACCCAGAGUAUGGAUAAAGAAUGAAUUUGUUCGCGUGGGACUUGCUGAAUCACUUUGCACUUAUGUCAUGAUGACAUUUGGCCUGGGCUCCGUGGCCCAGGUAGUGACAGGACAGGGAGCGUACGGACAGUACGUCAGCAUCAACCUGGGUUUUGGACUGGCUGUUGCUAUGGGGGUACAUGUUGGAGGGAAAGUCUCAGGGGCUCACAUGAACGCUGCAGUGUCAUUCACAAUGUGUGUCUUUGGCCGUCUUGCAUGGAAGAUGCUGCCUCUGUAUGUUUUUGCACAGUUCCUCGGAUCAUUUCUAGCAGCGGGGACAAUUUAUGCUGUUUAUUAUGAGGCCAUUUACUCCUAUUGUGGAGGAAAUCUGACUGUGACUGGUGUAAAGGCAACAGCUGGUAUCUUUGCCACCUAUCCUGCACCAUACCUCUCCUUAAUGGGUGGAUUCAUUGACCAGGUGUUUGGCACAGCGAUGCUUCUGCUGUGCCUGAUGGCCCUGUCUGACCAGAAGAACAAACCGGCGGCAGCGGGAAAUGAGCCUGUUGCGGUGGGUCUCCUGGUGCUACUCAUUGGCAUCUCUCUGGGCAGCAACAGCGGCUAUGCAAUCAACCCCACCAGAGACAUUGGGCCCAGGGUAUUUACUGCCCUGGCAGGCUGGGGAGUGGAUGUGUUCAGAUCUGGAAAUGGUUGGUGGUGGGUGCCUCUAGUUGCCCCCCCCAUUGGAGGUGUAAUAGGUGCAGGACUCUACAAAGCAUUGGUUGAACUGCACCACCCACUCUUCUCUGAUCAGGACCGUCAGGCACUGGAGUCGGGGGAAGAGACCGCCCCACUGGAAAAACAGGAGGCCAUCUGAACUAACAAUUAAGUGUGUGAACUCACUAUCUAAAGUUACAGGCUUGUAUAUCUCUGUAGAUAUGUUUAUACAUUAGAACACAAUGUUACCGGGGUUAUUAGAUGGACCAAAUGAAUCAAAUAGAGAAUAUAUAAACAUUCACAAAAAAGAAAAAAAAAAAAAAGGAUGAAUGUUGAAUAAAUAAUUUUAUUUUAUUUAGUCAACAGUUACUGCAGCCGAGGGCGACUUAAAUGCACAUGCAUAUAAAAAACUGAGAAAUUUAAUGAUGAUAACUAAUAUCUAUAGCAACUGUUUAUAUCCUUGUCAGCCACAGUAGUUAUACAGUGAAAGAAUGGCUUAUGUUUCAUACAUUAUUAUAGUUAUAUCAUGUAAUAUAACCUUGGAAGACAUCCUAAGUGUAACGAUAGUAACAAUCAAUACACGACCUCGUAUGAGUUUCGAAUCUGCAAAAUAAAAUACAAAAAACAGCGUGUAUCCAUUGCAAUUAAAAAAGCAGUUUUCUUUGUAAAAAUAAAAUAAUGAAUAGGCCAUAAUUAUUCACAGCUUGAAGGUGCAACAGCACAACCCAAGCUAGUUAGAUGCUACAGUCCAGCACGCAGCAGCCUAGAGGGAAAAGGCAUGCAUGUAUGUACACUGAUGAUCUUCUGUGGGGAUUCAGAAUACUACAGGUAAAAACUGUGCCUUAUAAGAAAUUAAAAUAUGAUCUUAAAAAGCUUAAUGUAACUGCUUCAAAUGGGUAGAUGUUAUACAGUACGUCUAAUUCAGUGUUAAGUCUGAACAGAAUCACAUCAGUGAGAUCAUACAGUGUUACAGUAACCUCAGUAACUCAGUAAAGCUGAGUGUGGUGGUUUACUGCAUUCAUUAUUGAUUUAAUAUUUUCUGUUUGAACUAUACGUACAUUUGAUACACCAAAGUCUGUAAGGUUGGUUAUCUAAGCUCAACUGCAAAUAUCAGUGUGUACAAUUUGCAAUUACUCUGACAAAUGACAAAAUUAGUUUCAGUUUCUGUAAAGUAACAUAAUAUUAUUUUGAGAUACUUUUGCUGAAAUGUGAACAGUAUUCAGGUAUACAGUUAUUCAUUCUGGUUUUCUUCAGUGUCUUCAGUUACAUAACAGAUGCACUAUUUGACCGUUUUCAAAUCUCUUUUAGGUUUUUAGAAUAUAUUAGUAUAAUGUAUUAGAGCAGCAGAUACAACCUCAGCAGUAAUGUAAUGAUAAAGUGUAUGAGUCUGUGAUCAUUACAGCACUGAUAUAAUUUGCUGCCCAGUGUCAUUGUCAGUGUCUCAAGUAGCACAUCAUGGUGUUAUAAAGCUGUCUGUUUUAUUUGAUUUUUUAACCAUUAGGUGUCACUAGUGAAGAUUUUACUAAUCUAGUGUUGAUGAGUUUGACCACUUUGGAAAGGUCACCAUCAUAAGCACCUAAAAGUA